AUGAUUGACAAAGUGUGCCCGGCAAUGAUUCUUCCUCAAGUAUCAAAAUUCGCUUGGAAUGGUAGCAUCCUAAUAUUGUUGCCUCUGGCUGCGUUGGCUCAGGUCAAAGUGUUUCUGCUGGCAGGACAGUCAAAUAUGGUCGGUAUGGCAUCAGUACAGCAUUUAGAGAUACUGAUAAACGAUCAUAACAUUACCCAUAACGAUUUUCGGGAAGAUCUUUGGAACGGGACUGGCUUUCGAUCGCGUGACGAUGUUUUUGUUAAAUACAAUGAUCGCGUCGGGAAAUUGGAGCCCGGAUACGGAGCCUCUGUGAGCAAGUUUGGUCCUGAAUUGGGAUUUGGGUGGACAGUCGGGGACGCCUUCACAGAUAAUCCUCUUGGGGGGGGAAGAAAUCUUGCUGUUGAUUUUCGGCCCCCACUGUCGGGUGAAGGUCAAUUCCCUGACGUCAAACCAUCAAAGUAUGGAUGGGAAUACCGACAGAUGAUUCAUGCUAUUUUGGAUGGGCUUGAGGCUAUCCAGGAAAUUUAUCCAGACUACUGUGAAGACCAAGGCUACCAACUUUGCGGUUUUGUGUGGUUUCAGGGAUGGAAUGACAUGCUUUCAUGGCCUUUUGUUAGAGAAUAUGGCUUCAACCUUGCGAAUCUUAUCCGGGACAUACGCCGAGAAACGGACGAGCCGUCCCUUCCUUUCGUUGUCGGGGAAUUAGGUAUGCAUGGAAACUUGACUGGCGAUCACAGCACAGCAGCAACGCGCGUCAAAACGAUUCGGGCCAUGGAGCAAGGCGUCACUUUGCUGAGCGAAUUUCAAAAUAACACUAUCUUUGUGAAAACGUCACCGUACGUUAUCAACAACGGAACCAAAUACAACAAAAUAUAUCACUAUAAUGGACGCGCUGACACUUACUAUCACAUGGGAAAAGCUUUUGGAAGGGGGCUUUUGCAGAUUCUAAACAAUUCGGCUGCCACGCGACAAAGAGUUCGCAAAGCACGACCAAAAAACUGA